GUGUGCGCAACGUUCGAGUUUUAUUUGAAUUUGAAAUUUAUAAUAGGAAGUGCGUUAUUCUAAAGUCGUUUUUGAAGUGAAAUGGACUGUGGGUUUUAGUGGUUUGCAAGUUUUGUGCCAUUCAAAAAUCAAUCAACAAUGACAACCAAAAGAAUAUCACCCAUGCACUUUUUCUUCCUACUCCUAACCAUUCACCAAAUUAGAUCUAUAGAGGACGGAUAUCUACGCUACGUCAAAGAUGGCUGCUUCUUAAGAGGAGAAGCAUUAUCUUGUGUCAAGUAUAAGGCAUUGAAAAUCGCCAAGAAGACCAUAUUUGGUGAUGACUUGCAUACGAAUGAAACUAUUCGAGCGAACAGAAUGAUCAGCUUCGUGCCUUUGGAUGAAGAAACGAUAAAACAAUUGACUGUCAAAGAAGAGGCUGAGGUCCUGGCAGAAGAACCAAGAAGCAUUCUCUCCGAGUGGACAGAACUAGCAAAGUACUUCAUGAAAUUGGUUAAAGAAUUCUUCAAGAUGAAAGGACUGAGGGUCGACCUUCCAGAAGGCGCGCGGACCAUUGAAGAGACGGACCUUGAAAGCACGGACAAUGAAGAUGGCCGUGGCAGGAGAAAGAAGCUCGCCUUAAUAGUGCCUCUGCUAACUCUACUGGCAGCCGUAAAGGCGAAGUUACUACUCAUCCCGAUUCUACUAUCAGUGCUACUAAUUAAGAAACUUCUACUAAUUGGGGCUCUGCUACUACCCAGUCUUCUAAGCACGUUGAAACAUUGCAAGAAACCUCAUUCAUAUUCAUUCUUCGGCAGCAGUGAUACGGGAGACUUCAGUUCUGACUACGGGAACAGCUACUCGUACUCAACGGGUGGUGGCUAUUCCAAGGACUGGGCUUUAAAUCGGGCCUAUACCAUGCCUAAAAACAGGCCUACUCCUGCGCCUAUGUACAUCACUGCGCCGGGCGGUGCUGCCUAGGUAAAGCUAGAACGCUUUUUUUAAUUUAUUUUUUUAAUAUAGUACUUAACUGUGUUUAAGGAGAAGUCACAAAGAGACAAGAUUGAAUCUUUCCUCUUUGUGAGGUUCCUUAAUUGUUUAAGUAAUUUAGGUAAUGGUCGAAUAUUGUUUGGUGAUUAAUAGA